GCAGUACAAGGCACAUCCGGGUCUCUCAGCUUCUUGCUUGGCGACCCGUCGCCAUUAGUGCAAGCUCGUCGGAACGGAGGUGUUUUUUAGUGAAAAUCUUUAAAUUAUCGUGUUUUCCAGCGUCUGGAAAACAUUUCCCGCCUCUUGAAGGGCACUUUGUUUUCCUUUACGAGUAAAAAGGCUUAACUUCGGGGGGUCUUGGCCCCGCGUGGCGAGCUUUCGUCCUCUCUUCUAACAGCCUCCAUAACUUGAGACAUCGAAAUCGUGUCUCUUCUUUUUUCUCGGUUUGUUAUCGUCAAGAUGUCGCCGUGAUGGGGUCCCCGCGUUUGACAGAAAUGAAUCAGGGCCUUGGCCGCCUGACCCGCACUCACUGCACCUCGCCUUUCUCCUUCGUUUCUCUGUUUGAUGCUAGAGAGCUCGGCGGCUCUCUGCCCGGAGCUCGGCCUCAACACCAGCACUCACUGCACGGACACAGUCAUGGAGAAAAACCCCAACAGCAGCACCAGCACCAAGGUUCCGCCCCGUUCCAGCUCCACAGGACCAGCACCGGGCGAGACUAAGACCAAAACAGAAGGUAAAAAUAAUGGAGGCUCCAAGCGCUACAGCCGCAAGCGUGAGCCCUCCUUUCCUAAAAGCGACACUUUCCCAGGCCCUCGCCGCACCAAUUCACAGAAAAGCAAGAAUUUUGACAAGAGACCCUCUCAGAGAGGCGGACGACAGUAUGGAGUUACAGGCGGAGGACGACGUGAGGAGGUAGCAGAGACGCGCCGGGCCGAGUUUAGCCCGGCUCAGUUUGCUGGACCGAAGAAAAUAAGCCUGAACCACCUGCUGAACUUCACCUUUGAACCCCGUGGAGGUACCAGUGGCAUCGGAGAGGGAGGCCACUCCUACUGGGGCCGCCGAAACAAGUGGGGCCACAAGCACAAGCCCUUCAACAAGGAGCUAUUCCUGCAGGCCAACUGCCAGUUUGUGGUGAGUGAUGACCAGGACUACAAGGCUCACUUCACUGAUCCAGACACUCUGGUCAACUGGGACUGUGUGCAGCAAGUGCGCAUCUACAGUCAUGAGGUGCCGUCUUGCCCGAUCUGCCUGUACCCUCCUGUGGCAGCCCGCAUCACCCGGUGUGGGCACAUCUUCUGCUGGCCGUGCAUGCUGCACUACCUCUCUCUUAGCGACAAGAGCUGGUCCAAGUGCCCCAUCUGCUACGAGGCCGUUCACACCGACGACCUGAAGAGUGUGGUUGCUAUGGAGACCAGGCAGUAUGUGGUUGGUGAUGUCAUCACCAUGCGCCUCAUGCGGAGGGAGAAGGGGGCUCUGGUGGCCAUGCCGAGCUGUCAGUGGGUGAAGGUGGAGGAGCCUGUUCGCUUCGGAGAUGGGUGUCUCAGCCCGUACUCCAAGCUGCUGCUGGCCUCCCCGGCUCAGGCCCUGAGCCUGGUGACGGAGGAGAAGGCCGUCCUGCAGGCUCAGCUCAGCCAGGACGUGGACUCACAUGGCUGCUUCAUCCAGAGCGCCCUCUGUCUGCUGCAGGAGCAACAGGAAACGUUGCUGAAACAGCAGAAGACGAACGCAGAAGACGUCCUCGACUUCUCCUCUCUGACUCUGGAAGAACCAUCUUCUCCUGAGGAGGAAGUGGUGACCAACACCAGCAGCAGCAAGCCCGUGCUGCAGUACGCCUCUGCAUUCGAUGACGAGGUGGCGGAGGUCCCUGAUGUCCCUGACGACACCGCUGCUGAGCUGCCAGACCACCCUGAAGGUAUUUUGGAGUCAGUGCUGGAGGAACCUCCAGAAGCGAUGAUGGAUGAUGCCCCAGAGCCCCAGCCCGAUGAGGAGAGCCCAGCCAGCCAGCCAGAGUCAAGCCGCCCCUCCACCAGUGUGGUGCAUGGACCCUACUACUACUUCUACCAAGCUGACGACUGCCAGCAGAUGUUCCUGCAUCCUGUGAAUGUACGCUGUCUGCUGCGUGAAUACGGCAGCUUGGAGGCCAGUCCUGACACCAUCACUGCAACAGUGGUGGAGAUUGUGGGACACACGGUCACUGAGGAGGUCCGUCGUCGCCAUCGUUAUCUGGCUCACCUGCCGCUCACCUGCGAGUUCAGCAUCUGUGAGCUCGCCCUGCAGCCGCCGAUCCUGUCCAAGGAGACUCUGGACACAUUUGCAGACGACCUGGAGAAGAGGAAGCGCCUGAGGCAGAAGAAAGUGAGGGACGAGAAGCGCAGAGAGAAGCGAAUUGAAAUUGAGGAGAACAAGAAGCAGGGUAAAUAUCCGGAGGUGCAUAUUGGAUUAGAGAACCUUCAGCAUUUCCCAGCGUUCGGGUCUCCACCUUACAACAGCAGCUUCCAGAUUCAGCCUGACUUCACCUUUGCUCCCCCUUCACCCCUCAGCAGCAGUCCAACCUCUGACGGGAUCACAUUCCCGAGUCUGAACGGGCAGAACGCUUCACCCACUGUGGGCAGUGUGGAAGACGACGCUCACUGCAUGUCCUUUGCACAGAUGCUCAGAGAUGGGAAAGCCAGAGCUGAUGCUGGGCCCAGGAUCGCUCCAAAGAAAGCAGAUAAGCUGCUCGCUCCUCCAGCAGCAGACAGCGACGGGGAGAGCGACGGCUCGGACCGGGUCCCCGUUCCCAGCUUCCAGAACUCCUUCAGCCAGGCCAUAGAGAAGGCACUGCUGCAGCUGGAUAAUGGAGCGGCUUGUCCUCCACAACCUGUUGUUGAUCCAGAUGAGAAAGGAGGGAAGAAGAAAAAGAAGAAGCAGAAGCUUCUGUUCAGCACAUCCAUGGUUCACACAAAGUAGACACUGAAGUUCAUUAAUCAGAUUCUUGAGUUGAUAACCCCUCUGCGUGUGUUUCUUACUUCCAUGCAGACCUUUCUUUGAACUAUAAACUGUGGAAGUAGGUUUUAGGAUGUAGCCAAAGUUCCUGCUGCUUGUAGUCAUUGCUUUAUUGGUUUGAUCCACCGUUUGUUUAAGCUUUGCAGCAACUUCCUGUCACACCGAAAGCCUUCUGGGUGACAUUUUGCUCAGAUUUGAAGUAAAACAAUGAUCAAAACAAACUCCUGGUUCAGGCUUUAGCAUCACAGGUGGUUGCUGUAACUUCCCCGACCCCCGAGGAUCUACGAGUAAUAUGGAUAAGAUGAUUUGAGGGCGCUUUUUAUAUCAGAGUAGCAGUCAGCCAGCUGCAGAUACGCUGCACCUCUUAAAUCUUUCCAGGAUUCUCGGACAUAAUUUAUCUGGAACUUCACCUCAGAACAGACGGAAACAGAUUUAGUUCAGUGCUCAUCACAUGAAGCACUUCAUGAGGAUAGAUUAUGCUGCUUUGAGAUCAACUCUCUAGUAUUUCUCCACAACAACAUGAAUAUAAAAUGUUCUGCAGCCGUCGUGAGGACAUGAAAACACAGUAUUGUAUUAAAGAGAUUAGGUCAACAGAACGUCAGUAUGUUCAGCCUGGUCGAACCAUAAUUACGCACUUUGUUCUCAUCCAGUUUCUCCUCCGUGUUCUCUUCUGUUGUAGAGUGUUUACUAACCUUCAAACAUUACUCUUCCAGUUUUAAUUUCAGUGCUGAAAAUGUGUGGAGAUUUGGUGAUGUUUUAAGGACUUGCUUUGAGACCUGGAAAAGAAAAAGGGGAUUGAAAAUGUGUUUCGUUGGAGGGUUCUAUAAUUCUUUCACCUUUUAAUUUUGAAGCAAGUUAAUAGGCUAGUGAACAUGACUAGUCUGACAAAAGGAAUAAACUAUUAUGCACAAUCAAA